AUGGGCUCUGGGGUUUGUUUUAAGAAUAUAAUCAGCAAAAAGAAAGCGAAACGCACCAGAUCAGAAAAAUUCAAGAAUAGAUAUUCAGCACCUGAAAAAUCAAAGGGGUACAAAGAGGAAAACAGUUCUAAGAAAGAGGUCCCUACAUUAGCAAUUGGUGCUUCUGCCAAAAAUCGUGGGCUUAUUGGCUUGGCCUUUGAAAAUAUUGCGGCCACUCGAAUUCAGACUGCAUUCCGGGCAUACAGAGCAAGAAAAGGUUGCCGCCAAUCGGAAGGAACCCUAAGGUUACAGAAUUUGAUGCAGUGUAACACUGUUAAGAAGCAAGCUAAAAUAACCUUGAAUCAUCUGCACUCAUGGGGCAGGAUUCAGGCUGAGAUUAGAGCUCGCCGAGUCCAUAUGGUAAUGGAAGGCCGCCUCAAGCAGAAGAAGCUGGAGAAUCAAUUGAAGCUCGAAGCCAGACUUCAUGGACUGGAGGUGGAGUGGAGUGGUGGACACAAAACAAUGGAUGAAGCUCUUUCGAGAAUACAUCAGAGAGAAGCUGCAGCAUUGAGGCGGGAGCGGGCUAUGGCAUAUGCCUUUUCUCAUCAGUGGAGGGUCAAUUCAAAUCCAAACUUGGGAGCAGGCAAUCACAAUCUCAGUAAUGCAAAUUGGGGCUGGAGCUGGAUGGACCGCUGGAUUGCUGCUCGACCAUGGGAAAGCCGGGUCACAGUGCAAUUGAGUCCAAAGAAAGCACAAAGUCGUGAGACAUCUGAAGCCACCCAGAAAGUGAUCUCAAAAGCUGAAGAGGCGAAAACUAAAGAAGGGGCAGUAUUAUCGUAA